AUGGGGACCUUCAAUCUAUGGACAGAUUACCUGGGUUUGGCACGCCUGGUGGGGGCUCUGCGUGGGGAAGAGGAGCCUGAGACCAGGCUGGACCCCCAGCCAGAACCAGUGCCAGGACUGGAGGGUCAGACACCCAGCCCGGAAUCCUCACCAGCUCCUGAACGCCUGUGCUCUUUCUGCAAGCACAACGGUGAGUCCCGGGCCAUCUACCAGUCCCACGUGCUCAAGGACGAAGAGGGCCGGGUGCUGUGCCCCAUCCUUCGAGACUACGUGUGCCCCCAGUGUGGUGCCACUCGCGAGCAUGCCCACACCCGCCGCUUCUGCCCGCUCACCGGCCAGGGCUACACCUCCGUCUAUAGCUACACCACCCGCAACUCGGCCGGCAGGAAGCUGGCCCGCUCGGACAAGACGAGGACGCAGGACUCCGGACAACGCCGAGGAGGAGGAGGAGGAGGAGGAGGAGGAGGAGGAGGUUCCAAAGGUGCCGGGAAGCCUUCUGGAACUACCCACUCUUCCUGCUGUCCCUCCACUUCUGCCUAAGGAGGCUGGCGCGGGCAGGACGGGGAUGCUGCCUUCACCUGGGGUUGGGGACACAGGCUCACUGGAGGCUGGAUUUCAGGGAAGACUCAACCUCCGAGGAUCCGCCCCUAGGCCCUGCCCCCAGCCUGAGGGCCUGGCAAAGGAGCCCCGUCUGGGCGCACAGCCCAAAGGGCGCCCCGACCCCCUCACGGAAGGAGGUGGUUCUCAGGCACCCCAGCCCUCCUUCCCCAGCGCUGGGCACCCAGUCAGCUCUCAAUAAAUGUUUAUGAAUGGAUCAGCGUCAUAGCAGGCCCCGUCUUGGGAC